UAUCAUUGUAAUGUUUUUCCUUAUGUACAGCGCCUUGAGUGCCUUCUUGCUUAAAAGCACUAUAUAAAUAAACUUGACUUGACUUGACUAGCGCAUUGAGGUUUUUGGUUGUAUGGUGAUUUGGUGUUAGGGUACAGGUUUAAGAGUCAUGAACACCUUUGCAAGAGACUGUAAUGUUAAGUUUUCUGUGGUAAUUGGACUUGAGAAGAUGUACAUAUUAGUCUUUAAUUGUUAAUAUAGUAUGUUGUGUAUUUAAAAAGUAAAUUGUACAGACAAUGACCUUGGCUAAAAGUCCUUCUCUGGCCUUCUGAUGUGCCCCAAUGAUCAGAGAGGCUGUUAAGAUGCCUGCAGGGGUCAGGGGUCAUCAAAGGGCAGCUGUCCACUAUAAAAGGCCUGUCUGCAGCUCCAUCUGCACACAUCAUUUGUGCCUAAGAGCAGCAGUAGGAAGGACAGACGGAAGCAGAUCUUUGUAAGUUUUAGCUAACAUGGAGAGCAGAGUCCUGGUUGUUUUCUGCAUGCUCUAUUUCUGCUUCUUUGAAGAUGUCUUCUCGGGUUGGGCACGUAGACACACACACCUGGAGAACGGUUCAACUCACAGAAAUCAUUCAACUAAUCAUCACAGCAAAUACCCUCUGUACAUGAUGCAGCUGUACCGCUCCUUCAGUGCUGCCGACUCCAUCACGUCACUGGCUGUCAACACCUUUGCAGCUCAAAGGGAUCAACCGUCAGUUCAUAGCUCUGAUUCUGUCUUGAGUCUAGUGGCCAAAGGUUGCCAUCAAGUGGGUGACAGAUGGAUGGUCACAUUUGACAUGUCCUCCAUCUCCACCAGUGAUCUCGUCCAGCUGGCAGAGCUUCAAAUCCGACUCCCAGCUUUUUCUGCCUCCAAAAGAGCUACUGUGGAUUUAUAUCACUCCCGGAAACACGGCUGUGACCCGGAUGGAGCUUCAUGCCAGGAGAAGGUUGUCUUUUUGGGAAGCUUUGGCACAACACCAAGCAGCACAAAGUCUUCCUGGAAGGUAUUUAAUGUGACAGCUCUCCUGAAAUACUGGCUUUACCAGGGAAAUGAGGUGUUGAGCCAAGAGGCCUCAGGGGAGCCUGAGAAAGAUUAUGGGAGCGGUGCUGGGGAUGAGGACAAUGUGGGAACAAGGCAAAGAAAAGUACAACAUCCAACAUCAAAUCGGGUAAUGAUGGUCAUCUUCACUAAACACAACCUAGCCCAGGAUGCUCCUGCAGCUUACAGUCUUAUUCACACUGUAGAGAACUCCAAGUAUUUGACAGCCAACAAGGUCAAGAGCGACAAUCAAGGCCGGCGCCACAAGAGAAACCGAAUGGAGGUCUCGCGAGUUACUGAUGGAGCUGCACCUACCGUGGACCCUGCAGUGGAGCAGACUCAGGGGCCGCUGUGUCGCAGGGUGGACAUGUGGGUAGACUUUGACCACAUCGGCUGGGAUGAGUGGAUUGUGCAUCCGAAACGCUACAACGCCUAUCGCUGUGAGGGAGAGUGUCCCAUACCGCUAGAUGAGUCCUUCAACCCCACCAACCACGCCUACAUGCAGAGCCUGCUGAAACAUCACCACCCAGGAAGAGUGUCCUGCCCGUCAUGCGUGCCGACACGCCUCACCCCGCUCUCCAUGUUGUACUAUGAGAACGACGACCUAACCCUGCGGCACCACGAGGAGAUGAUUGUUGAAGAGUGUGGCUGCCACUAAAUGCCCACCAUCAUCAAGAAUUACUAUUAGCUUAAACUUGAAUUAUUUUGUUUUUGUUCUCAUGUAAAUUUUAACAAUACAAUAUUUCACUAAGCAUUUCUAGUGAUGGCCAUAAAAGCAUUUUUCUGUUGGAAUAAGUGUCUCAUCCUUGCUACUAUUUUAUA